AUGCGUCGCCGCCUCCACCUCUUCUCCCACCGCCAUCUCCUCCUACCCAAACCCACCAAUCCAUUGCGCGCAAUUCCAUGCUUCCCUAUCCUGCACCCUCCUCAGUCCUCCCCUCGCCGCUUUUCCUCCUCCACCCUCUCCAGAGACGACGGCGUCUCCCUCUGCUGCCAGAUGUGGAUCGACAACUUCCGCCACCCCGACCGCGCCGUCACCUCACUCUGCCCCCUCCUCCGCCGCUUCGACCUCUGGCUCCUCGCCUACCAGAAAGUCGCCACCGACGACACCGGCUCCUACACCCCCCGCUCCUCCCUCUCCACCUCCACCCUCCAGGAUCUCCUCGCCCUUCGCAACGCCGUCCUUGACGGAAAAUUCAAGUGGGGCGCUAGACUAAAGUUCUUCAUUAAAUCCCCCCGAGACAAAACCGACUACGAUUCCCUCUCCAAGCGCAAAAUCAAAACCAUCCUCACCACCACGCAGCCCUCACCCUUCCAGGACAAGAUCGUUCAGGAGAUUCUCUUGAUGAUACUCGAACCAAUCUACGAGCCUCGCUUUUCCCCCAAGUCCUACGCUUUCAGACCAGGUAGAACACCCCACACUGUUUUAAGGGUCAUCAGAAGGAGCUUUGCUGGCUAUUUGUGGUAUAUAAAGGGUGAUUUUAGUGUUUUGUUGGAUGGGAUGAAAGUGGGGUUGGUGAUCAAUGCUGUCAUGAGGGAUAUUAGGGAUAAGUUGGUCGUUGAUUUGAUAAAAGACGCGCUGGUUACGCCGGUGAUUGUUACUACCGUGGAGAAAAAAGAAAAGAAGAAGAAGAGGAAGUAUCAAAAGAAGAGGGUGUUGGCCGAGGAUGAGCCUAAGCCUGAUCCUUAUUGGUUGGAUACCUUUUUUGGGUUUGCGCCGGAGGAGGCGGAGAGGGUUCCCAAUUGGGGGCAUUGUGGAGUGCUUAGUCCGCUACUGGCGAAUGUUUGUUUGGAUGAGUUUGAUAGGUGGAUGGAGGGGAAGAUUAAGGAGUUCUACGUUCCUUCCAAGAGUGAUGUUAUAUGGAAUAGUCCUGAAGAGGAGCAGGGGAACACAUCAUGGCCGGAGUUUGUGCCCACCAGUGGGCCGGAUAAGACUAGGAAGAUGGAUUUCGUUCGGUAUGGAGGGCACGUCUUGAUUGGUGUUAGAGGGCCUAGGGCGGAUGCGGCUGCAUUGAGGAAGCAGUUGAUUGAGUUUUGUGAUCAGAGAUUUAUGCUCAAGCUUGAUAAUGAGAGCCUCCCUAUAGAACAUAUAACAAAAGGGAUCAUGUUUUUGGACCAUGUGCUGUGUAGGAGGGUCGUGUAUCCAACUCUUAGGUACACUGCAACAGGUGGUAAGAUCAUAAGUGAGAAAGGUGUGGGGACACUGUUGUCGGUGACGGCCAGCUUGAAACAGUGUAUUAAGCAGUUUAGGAAGUUGAGUUUUCUCAAGGGGGAUAAAGAUCCAGAUCCCCAGCCUUGUUUUAGGAUGUUUCAUGCCACGCAGGCGCAUACGAAUGCUCAAAUGAACAAGUUUUUGUCAACCAUGGUUGAGUGGUACAGGUAUGCAGACAAUAGGAAGAAGAUUGUAAAUUUUUGCUCUUAUAUCAUAAGAGGCUCCCUUGCUAAGCUGUAUGCUGCAAAAUACAAGCUUCGUUCGCGUGCAAAAGUGUACAAGAUUGGUGCUCGUAACUUGAGUCGUCCUUUGAAGGAGAAAAAAGGGCAGUCUCCUGAGUACCAGAAUUUGUUGAGGAUGGGGCUUGCCGAAUCAAUCGAUGGGCUCCAAUAUACAAGGAUGUCUCUUGUGCCUGAGACAGAUUACUCCCCGUUCCCCAGUAACUGGAGGCCUGACCAUGAAAAGUUGUUGCUGGAAUACAUAAAACUUGAAGAUCCGAAGACUUUGGAGGAGCAACGGAGUUGCAUUAGUGAACAAGGUCUUGUUACACCUCAAGAUUAUAUUUCAAUGCUUGUCUGGAAUUACAAAAGGAAUUCUCUUGCUAUGGACCAACUCUCCUUAGUAAGGAGCAACGAAAGUGUUGUAGGAAAACAGCAUUUGCUAGUUGACUCAAACCAGCAUGACCAGGACCAAAUAAACAAAGAGGAAGAAAAUGAUGGAAGGAUGAAUGCAGCACAAAUGUAA